AUGAAUAGUGAAAUUCUUCAAUUACAACAAUUUAUAGCAAAUAUCGUCACAAAGUCAACACAAGGAAAUAAUCUUAGUAAUGAAACUAAUUUGUAUAUUACUCAAAUACAACGACCUGAAUUUACACCAUUACUUCUUCAAUUAAUUUUAAUUCCAAACACAACAAAUUCUCCACAACAAAUGAUGCAAACACAAACAGCAGCAAUUUUUUUAAGGCAAAUCCUAAAGAAGUAUUAUCAAGAAGAGAAUUUUUAUUCUUCAAAUAUUAGAGGAGAAAUAAGAAAAUUAUUAUUUCAAGCAAUUUUUUCUUCAACGCAAUUAAUAAACAAAUUGUUAUUUGAUUGUUUUGCUGUUGUAGCAAAUAUUGAUUUCCCAAAACAAUGGCCAGAUAUGAUUAAUUUAAUUCAACAAACAUAUCAAAGUGGUACUAUUGAACAAAAGUAUAUUUGUAUUCAAUUAUUAUCUGCUAUUACAAAAAAAUAUAGAACAAUCGAAAUUAAUAAUGAGACAGUAAGAGAAAUUAAACAAAUUGUACAAGUAUUUCCAUUAAUUUUACCAUUGUUUACUGAAUUAAAUUGUACUGAUAAAAUGAUUCUUCCAAUAUUAAAAUUUAUACAUGGAAUUGUUUCAAUUGAAUUAGUUGAUGAAAUAGAAAAUAAUAUAGAAAUAGUUUCUAAAAAAUUAGAUCAAAUUGCACAUACUCAACAACCUAAAUGUCAAUUAGUAAUAUUUAAAAUAUAUAACAUUUUUUGUUCUAAAUAUUUAGAUAAUGAUUUUCUUAAAGACACUAUGACUGUUAUUAUUUAUCAAACUGUUGUAGACUAUUUAAAUUCUUCACAAAGAGAAGAUAAAAAUAUUAUUGCUGGAUAUGAAGUUCUUUGUACAAUGAAUGGAAUACUUAAAAUUAUGAAUAACGAUCAAUUUAUUCAAAUAAUUAAUAUUAUCGCUAAAGAUGUAUCAUUAAAUCAAGAAGAAAUAACUCAAAUAAAUGAAGACCCUGAAGAAUAUGUUAAAUUAGAACUUGAAUCAGAAAUUAUUUCGGUUAAAAAAAGUGCAGGAAAUCUUCUUAAUUUAAUUAGAAGAAUAAGACCUGAUACUAUGGAAUUCGUUAAUAGAGGAAUUCAAGCAUUACAACAAAGUAAUAUUGAUAGUGCAAUUCGUUUAUUUAUUGGAUUUGUUGUUGAAGGAGAAAUACCAAGAUAUGGGGCUACAAGAAUUAGUGAAGGAGUGGAUUUGGUUCAGUUUUGGAAUAAUACAGUAAAACCAUUAUUUAUUUCAUCACCACAAAUUGCUGUUAUUAAAUUUGUUCAUGAAUUUCGUAGUAUUUUACAAGUAACUAAUCAAGAAUAUAAUGAAAUAUUUAUUAAGUUAUAUGACUUAGCAAUAUUUCCUCAAGUUACUGGAGCUAGUUUAGUAUGUUCAAUGCUUGCGGCAAAUACAAUUGAAAAAAUGUUAUUAUUAAAAACAUCAAGUAAUUAUAAUAGAGCAGUUAAUGGAAUUAACGAUGACCAAUUAGGAAGAGCAUUUGAAAUGGCAAAUAAAUUAGUAAAAAAUGGACUACAAUUACAUUCAAUUUAUCAUUUAAGAGCUGGAGUUAGAAUAUUACAGCGUGCAAGCAAACUUAAUUUACCAAUGGACGAUAUGUUUAAAGAACUUGUUAUGGGAUUAGUUACUGAAGCAUCAAAAGAAGUUAGAAAUAACAAAUUAGAUGGAAGUUAUGUCGGAAUGAAAUUUGAAGUAUUGUCAACAGCAUUAAGUAUUGGAUUACCAUCAAUUGAACAACAAUUAAUCAACAUUACAGGAGAGGCAUUAAAAGUAGAUAAUGUAGAUGUAAUGGCAUAUUUAUUCCAAAUACUUACAUUAUACCUUCCACAAGUUAGUAGUUUAUGUGAACCAAUACUUAAUUUACAAAUUGGGGAUAGAUUUUCUAUGAUCACACCAAUUGUUAAAUUUGUUACUUCUUGUGCAAAAAAAUCACCAAAUGUAUUUACUGAUGAAAUGAUAAAUAAAACAUUUGGAUUAUUCCAAGUAUUAUUACAAAUUGAUUUUAUCGAUGACGCUUUUACAUUAUUAAAUGGAAUCACUUUUGGUAUUCCUUUACAAAGAUUAAAUCAAAUACCAACUAUUAUUACUUUAAUAUGUCAACGACUAGCAAGUCAUCAAAUUAGAAGACUUACUUAUCAAUUAAUUAAAUUUAUAUUACAAAUAUGUUAUAUUAGUGAUAUUUCUACAAUUCAAGCUUUAAAUAUUCCUAUUGAAUGUGGUCAAUUAAUUUUAACUAAUAUUGUUCAAUUACCUGCAGAAAUGAAUAGACCAGUUUGUGUUGUCGGAAUGAUGAAAUUAUUUAGUUUAUCACCAUUUAAUACUUUAAUGGUUAAUAACGAAUCAUUAAAUUGUUUGAUGCAAGCUGUACUUGAAACAUUAAAGAAUAAAAGAAUUAUUGAUUUUGUUCAUGAAGAUAUUAAAGAUGAUAAAACUACUAAUUUAGCAACUAUUAAAUAUCCACAUGUAGAUCCAGAAAUUAAGAAUUUAAAUGGAGAAAUUAAAACUAAUUUAGCAACUUUAUGUACAACACCAAUUAAUACUAAUGGACAAAGUGUUGUAUUACGGCAAUUAUUAACUGGUAAUGCAUUAAAUUUCUAUAAUGAAGUAAUGUCAUUACCUCAAUGA